AUGCUACUUUGGAGCCCUGCAGGAGCGCGCCCUAAGGUAUCAGGCCCAAAGGCUCCAGAUCAAACACAUCACACAUCAACUGCAGGAGGAGGUGCCAACACCCGCGGAGUGCAGGUGGGAGUGCAUGAGCCUCUGUCGUUCUAUGGGCAUGUCCACAUCGCAGAUCCAAUGCCAGUAGCCGAAGUCCCCAUGUGGAUAUGGACUUCAUCGAGUGCCAUAUGCGUUUUGCUGCUGCUGUUAUGGGUGCUACACCAGCGGCGGUUUUCUGUAGUGGCAGCACAGUUACGGCUUAUGCAACGGCGCUGCUUCAGCCCACCAGCUGCACUUUAUAUGAGCCUCGUUUACUCUUUCUUCCCACUUUCUGGAGCCAUUGCAUGGCUCUCCCUUUUGGAGCCCCGUGUAGGCUUACUGCUGUCGCAGCUUCGGUCGGCUUGGGAAGUUUGCUGCUUGCAUUGUUUCAUGCUGCUAAUGCUGCACCUGAUGGGUGGCCCAGAAACAACGCUGCUUCUAGUGCAGCAGCAACACUUGUUACCGCCCUCCGAAAGCAAUGGCAAAGCCCUCGACGAAACGAAGGGAGUCUUGAUCCCGACAGGCGUUGAUUGGGGAGGGAAUCGGGACCGGAGGGAAUUGCCAACUUCCUUGCAGACGGAACAGGUCGACGCCACGCCGGAGGGAGAAAUACGCGACUUGGGAAUUAGGCACGAACGCAAAACAGCGGUUUGUUGCAGUCUCAGCCAGUCGAUUAGCAACAGCAACAGCAACAGUAGAGGCAGCAGCAGUAGUAGCAACAACAACAACAAUAACAAUAACAGCAACAACAACAGCAACAACAGCAGCAACAACAACGACAACAGCAGCAACGGAUUCACGGGGGUACACGAUAGUGAACACAGUGCAACCAGGUUGUACCGCCGCGGCGUUUCUGCCCCUAAUGUACUUGAUACAGCAGUUGCACUGCCAACGGAAGCAGGAGGGGGAAUACCAGCUGCAAAAGCGGUGAAAGGAGAGCUAGAAUUGGUGAUGAAUGGAGUGAGGCAAGGGGUAUGCCAAAAUGUUGCGUGCUCCUGCAGCGAUCCCGCACAACCCGAUUCACAAGAUCCUGCAAAGGCAACGGAAGCAAAAACGAGAGGAGGAUUUCCUGGAACGUCAGAAUGUAUUGCGGAGCCUGCGACGACAUCUCCAGAAUCAGGUGUUGCUGCCGCGUAUUGUGUCACAGGCGGCAUUGCCCUGGGGGCCCCAAAGAACCCCCACUCACCUAACUGCUGGUGCUCAGUUACGACUGCCGCUGGUCAACAAAAGCGCAUCAGAUGGGCAAGGGUUAGGAGAACCAAGUGCUUUAGCAGCAAGUGCUGCCAAAGAUACAACAAAACCGUGGAAUGCUCGCACUGCAGUGGCGAAAGCCGACUUUCGGGGUCCAAAUGCAGCAACCAUAGAAGCAACAACCUCCGGAACGACAAAAUCAGCGGUUUCACCGACUCUGCUGAGCCACAGACCUACUCUAUUUGGCGUCGCUGUAGAGAAAGGCUCCAUAGGCAGCGCUUGAGGCUUGGAGCUGCCAACAACCGCCGAAGCAGCAUGCCACCAUUUGGUCCAGCAGUGGUAGCCUCAGCGAAAAGAAGUGAUGAAGCAGAUAGAUCUCCAUUCGAGGGAGAUGCACUCCUCCCACUUCGCAAUGUUGCUCCUGCAGCUGCUGCGGCUGCCCCUGCUUCUCCUGCUUGUGCUGUUGACGCCACCGGGGUGACCGAACUUCAAUUCCAGCACCAGCGACAGUCGCACAAGAGUUCAGAACGAGCGAGAACAGAAGGCAGCGACACAAUUCACGUUGUGGAGGAUAGAGAAGCUGUUACCGCUGCCGUUGAUGCUGCCGCUGCAGCUGAUAGUGCCAGCAGGCGCAACAUCCAUCCCGUGGUUAGAAGCCCCUCUUUUGCGUCUCCCACAGCCGCUGCAGGUGUUCGACGACAGCAGCAGGGGCACCAUAAACUCCAGCUGCAGCAGCAGAGGAACAGCGCCUUGCGGCUGAGCGUUGCAGAAGCAAGGGCUUUGGUGUCGGGAGCACCAGUACCUGGGAGCACUUGCAGUACUACUGUAACCUCACACGGGUCUUCUCCGGGUGCGUUGCUUGCUCUUGCUCAAGAGGACGAGCAGUCGGGUCUUAGUUCAAGGAAUAUUCACCGAAAGGCAACUAGCCUUGAUAUGCAGGUGCAGUCACUGCCUAUCUCCACUGCGGACGCUGCCUCGCAGCACGAGAAGAAAGACAAUCACAGGGGAGCAACGGACAGGAGAAUUUGGUUCGUACCACCGCUUUGCUGCCUCGCCUGGAAUACGGAAGCCAGGCACUUCUCCGCGUGGGACCUACGCAUGAGCUACCGAUGCUUGCUUCCUUUCACGGUGCUGAAGUUGCUGCGAGUCUUGCUAUGUUACUUGCUGUCAACUUUAAUGCAUAUGGGGAACGAAAGAGAGAAGGCUGUAGCAGAGGCUCGCAUUCCUACGGGUGCCCCAGCGGCUCAUGAGGGCGGAUUAAGCCAUCACCAGGUGCUGCAGAGGCUGCUGCAGCUGUGCUGCUUCAUCUCUCUAAUUGUUGCCAUGUGGGGCCUUGCUGUCGUCUUCGUUGCAACGCGACCUUUGCUGAAACCCUUUAACAUAGGGUGGAAAUUCACCUGCCUGAAGGCCCUGGUUUUUUUCAUACAAUUGCUGGAGCUUGGUGCGGAAGCGGUGCAGCCCAUAGCUCGUGCUACUGUGUCCGAUACAGAUGGCGAUGCAGCAGCAUCGGCGGCAGCACAGAGAGUGUACGUCUUUACCUUUCUGGAGCUUCUUGGGUCCGCCAUAUGUGCUGUGAUGGCUACCUGGGCGUACAAGCCUGGCGACUUGAUCCGUGCACACCAGCGCUUGCUUCUGCUGCAGAAGAAGCUCCCCCUGGGGGCUGUCCCAGUAGUCGAAGAAAGCGGCAGCUGCAGCACGAAGUACUUCCAUCGCAGGCUCAUUUCUGUGCCUUUCACCAAGUUAAUAGCGGGUGCUAGAAGAUGCAGCUGCAGAUGCUUCCGCGGUGCCACAGAAUAA